CACCACCACCAUUUCACCAGCACCAGGGGGCGGUGUGGCUCUUCCCACCCAGCCGUGUGCUUUACGCCACAAAUUUUGAAACUUCUGAUCGAGGAAGAAGGUCGUGCAGGGAAACGGCAAUGGCGUCGUCGGGCAGUCAAGGGAUGCUGUCCGAGGACCAGCUCCUCCAUCUCUUCGACCGCUUCUCCUUCCUCGCUUCUCUGCCCGAUGUUAAGCAGCGGAUUUCGGAUGCUGUGCAGGACAAACAGGAAGCUGUUGCUGUGACUACAGAAAUCCAAGAAGAAAUAUUUCAGGAGAUGGGUAUUGACCCAAGAUUUGGCAUAGCAUGCCUGGGAAGAGUAAACAUGGUUUAUGAGAAUGACCGGGAUUUGAUGAUUCGUUUCUAUAAAUUUGUUGCAAAGGAAGAAGCGGCUUGUGAUGAGGCUGAAUUUGGGCCAGAUGAAUUUUCAGAAAGAAUGCUUUAUCAGCAGAAACUGCAGGAACAGCAAUUGGAGAUGCUAAAGUACAUGCGCCAAUUUAACCUCGACGAUCAGUCAGCAAUCCUUGAUAAGUUGCGGCAGCAAAUAGAAAAUUGCAAUUUUGACAGUGAAGCAUCAGUUUUGUCACCAGAACAAAUUCAAGAGACUGUCCGAAGAAGGGUAUCGCCUCUAUUUACGCCAAGGGUAGCAAGUUGAGGUGAACAGCACAAUGACUUGUUAAUCUGCUCCAGCGCUGCUUGGUUUGCUUUUUUGUCUGGUUCUAGCGCUGUUCUUUUGGUUCAAAUUGUCACCUGAAGCAACCAGGUGACCGAUGUUACAAUGUGUUAAAAUUCUUAGACUUGCAUGUUAACCAUGGCACUGCCAUGUACAUUUGACAAGAGACCUUGUAGAUGGAUAUCAUAUAUAAGCAAUUAUUACUCGUGUCACGGGAA